AUGAUGCGGAAAAAUAUUACACAGGUUCGCAGAGUAGGCCCUUACAUAACGGCGUUUAAAAUGUCCGUGGGAUGCUUAUGGACUGGUAUUUGGCGUUCAUUUCGCACUGUCAGAGGCACGUCCGGCCCCCCCGUGUUGCAUGAGUCCCAACGAUGCUCGUUUUCCUCCCGCGACUCUGGAGAUACACCUCCGCCCCCGCCGAAACCUGCAACACCGAAGAAUGCGAAACCUUGCAAAUCUUUUGUCCGUAAUACGACUAUUCUAGUGCAGCAGCGUUGUGACAUACAGGAGCUGCCGGUAGUAGUACGCAAAAUUGCAGAGGAUGAGUUCAUAUCAUUCGUGUCGGAUAAAAUCAUAUGCCCCCCUAUUUCACCGGGUGAUGGUAAGGCUCGCAAUGCUGGAAAUACCUCUACAGGACAGGAACCAUUAGAAGAGGAAAUGGAGAUAAUUAAAAAGAUCGAUGAUUGCCACUCGACAAAGGGUGUUCUCACGGUACUCUUUAAUCAAAAUGACGCUAAUUAUGGACCGAAUAUCGCUAUCCGUGCGAUGGAGAAGAUUCUGAGCGUAGAAAGCUUGCUGGAACUGAAGGAAGUGGAACGCAGCCAAGAGUUCGAGCGCAUCAUUAACUGCAUCGUGUAUAACGCAGAGUCCAAGGCGAUCCUUGAUCUACUGGAGGAACUUCGCAGCUAUCUCGAGCUACCAAGAACGAUAGAUAUGCUGGGAAACGAGCUGGUCUACCGGUGUGCGGAAAAUGCACUUACGAUCGAAGAGUGCUGCGAUGCGAUUGAAGUGUUGACGCAGUGCCGUCGACCGGAGAUGGUUGAGAAGUUCUGGAGUGGCCUAGCCGAUAAGGAAAAAUUCAUUACCGAGCGCAACGUACACUUUGUGUUUGCAAUGUUGCCUUAUCUGAAAAUAAGUCGUCGCGCUGUGCUGGCAGUGCUUGAGCGGCGUAUUACCAUGCUCUGGUGGCAGAUGGCUCCGAAUGCAACGAUAGAAGUAUUGCAGUCAUUGGUUGUCUGCAAACUGUCACCGUAUCGUGUUACACAAUCCUUGGCCCGCUGGCUCAACACCAACAUCCACUCUGUGAGCGAGGAUCAGCUGGGUGCUAUUUUGGAAGCGUUUACAAAUCUCGUUUACUCCGAUACGCAGAUUGAACGAGCACUCGAGCGCUACAUGAAGGCGAAGGGAGUGAAAGUGACUUCACAGAACCUGAUCGUUACAAUACUUUGCCACUGCCAGGAAUUCCGCCUGCGCAACGGGCACAUUCUGAAUGGAUGCAGCGAAUUUCUUAUAGCCAACCACGCUCUGGUCGAACCGGGUUACCUGCGGGCCUACUUCUACCCAUUCGGAGCAUUGGAUUUUGUGCCUUCCAAUGCGACCAAGUUCUUUGAUACGAUCAACAUGCUUGUCGAUCUACACUUUGGCAAGAUUCCACCGACGGAUGUUAUUGAUAUAAUGUUCACGUACCUUUGUUUGGAACGGUUUCCGCUCAACUUUGUCAACCGCAUCUUCAAUCCCUACUUUCUCGAUGUACUGCACGCUAAAACGCAACCUGAACGUAUGGACAUCGUUCGCGGAAAACUGAAGCUCUUCGAUACUGGGCUCACUCUCGAAUGUGCUGACUAUGAUGGACCCUUGUUGCCACGUGACCACUCGGCGAAGGCUGUAUUCCACGAUGGUCGCAUCAAGAGAAUUGUCAACUACAUUACGAGCGACCUAGAGGAGUUGGCCGGUGGUGCUGAGUGUAUGACCAAAUUCUCUGUUCUCCAGCAUUUGCCCGUUAACUCUCUGUAUCUUGUCGAUGUUAUAUUCCAUCCGCCUGGACUUGGCAACAUAUUCACUAUUAACACGAUGAAAGAACGGAACAUCAAUGUGGCUGUCCUCGUGCAUCUACCGGAGUACUACGACAGCACUGGGACGUAUUUAAGCGGCUCGCAGGUCAUGCGGAUACGGCAUUUGCGACGUCUUGGGCUGAAAGUGGUUACUUUGCGGUUCGAUACCCUGCAUAAACUCAAGAUCCACCCAAAAGAAUUGCGUCAGUAUCUAGUGGAGCGAAUAAAAAACGCUCAAGAGGCGCUACCAGCCUUGGAAGGAAUUGCACCGUUAACUAGGUCCUCCUAAAGACCACAAGUGAUUUAAUUUCAUUGGCAGCAUUGUCUAAG